AUGCAAAGUAAUAGCUCAACAUUGAUUUUGAUAAUCUUGUACACUCAUGAUUCUAGUGCUUCAUGUAUUCACCAUCUUCCUUUGAAAACUUUAGCCAUCCUACCUUCAUUAGAACUUGCAAUUUAUGCUUUAGUGAAGUACAGUUCUCAGUUGAAUGACCUACAACUCCUGCGUGGUAAUCACAGUGGACUUGCGGGUCGUACCACUUUUGAUAAGGUGGUUGCAAUAGCUCUACGCGUACGGGAACUAAUAGAUUACCUUGAAAUAAUUGGGAUAACAACUCAGUGUAGGAUAUUGGGAUCGGAUGGAAGCUCUCUCGCUUUAGUUGCCUCCGACUACUAUGAUUAUCGGGUCUUUGCUGCUCCCUUUACACUUCGAGCCAUGAACCCUGCUCUUCCAUUUCCCAACCAAAGUUUCCCAAAUUUUCUGCCCCAAAACCCUAACCCUAAUUUAUUUGUCAGCCCUGAAUUCUCACAUUCUGAGUCUCAAGAUCUUCCACUCGACUUGUCUUCUUCGCUCUCCUCCCUCAAAAACCUCAUCCAUGUCGCCAAUCAGACCCUUCAAUCUCUCUCCUACCUCAGCCUCACCCGAAACCCAUCUGAUAAUGGCGACGAUUCCGACUUCGUUCAGUGUGCUUUUGAUCGGCGCCACCGUCUGCCGCCGCAUUCUCUCUUCCGCCACUCCCUCCUCUGCCCUUCCGCUCCCCAGCCUCGAAUUGACCCGACCCACCUCCUCCACUCCUUGCUUUACCCCCACUCUCUUCAAUCAUCUCGUGAUUUGAUUAAUGAGAAGCGUUUCCAUCAAGCUCUGCCGGAUUCUGAUGCCGACCUUUGCUUCUCUCUCAAUGAUUUUGCGGAUAGUAGUUCCAAUUUCUUCUAUGUUGAUUGCCCUGGUGUGGUUACCUUGUGUGACCAGGAUGAAAUGUCCAAGGUUUUCACUCUUCCUCGUGUUUUGGCUGUUGAAUGUGCAAAUUUUGUCAGUAAGGACGGUCGAGAGAUGGAGAGUGCGUGGAAGGAGACUCGAAUACUUCCCUCCGAGUUGUGGGCUCUUAGAAAUGAGGUUGAAAUGUGGAAUGACUAUCCCACUAUGUAUUCGCACAUUGUUCUCCGUUCUCUAUUGGGCACAAAAUUGGUCAUUGACGACCAUUUGAUGACAUGGAUCAUUGCGAAUUCGCCUCGGUAUGGUGUUGUUAUUGAUGUUGCUAUGAGGGAUCAUAUACUUCCGCUGUUCAGGCUGUGUUUUAUGGCAAUCUUAAAAGAAGCUGUGGGAUUUCAGAUUGCUCUGGAAAAUGGAAAUGAAAUGGAGGAUGGAUCCCUAAUUAUCUCAGGCAGCCACAAUUUUAAGUGUCCAGUUUUGAUUCAAGUAUUAAUGUGGCUAGCAUCUCAGCUUUCUGUGUUGUAUGGGGAAACAAACGGGAAGUUCUUUGCCAUUCACAUGCUUAGACAAUGUAUAUUAGAUGCUGCAUCAGGCUUGUUACUUUUACCACUGGAACAAAAGCCGGGACAUGGUUCUCAUAAUCAGGAAUCUACCUGUAGUGACACACAGAAUGUGAAGUCGAAAAGAUUGGUUCAGGAAGUUAGAAAUUAUGACAAUGUUACUGGAGAAGAAACUGUUACUUGUACUGUGAUUUUUGUGUCCCAAGUGGCUGCGGCUAUUGCAGCAUUGCAUGAACGUUUCCUACUUGAAGAAAAGAUCAAGGCUGUACGCUUUUCUCAUCUGCAAACUAAAUAUCAGCUGGUUUCUGAGCAUAAAUAUAUCUCUCAAAGAGCUUGUGAAGAGCGUAAAAGACGUUGCAACUAUAGGCCUAUAAUUGAGCAUGAUGGACUUCCAAAGCAGCAGGCUCAUGAUGAGGGUACAGGGAAGACCAAAACAAGGGAGGAAUUGUUAGCUGAAGAAAGGGAUUAUAAACGUCGAAGAAUGUCAUACCGUGGAAAAAAGGCAAAGCGAUCAACUUUACAGGUUACAAGAGAUAUUAUUGAGGAAUACAUGGAGGAAAUUAUGAAAGCUGGAGGAAUUGGGUGCUUUGUUAAGAGAUCUGAAGAGAGAGGGGUAAAAUAUGAACAACCAGCUGAGCAUAACAUUAAAAGAGAUAUUAUUGCUGAUGAAUACACAAAAGGAAGCAACGACACAUAUGGAGCAGCCAAACAUAGCUCAAGUCAUUCCAAGAAGCAGUCUUACUAUGAUGACAGAUAUUCAGCUUCCAAUAAGCCACAAAAAGGUCAGUAUGGGCACUAUGGCUCUCUAGAAGAUGAAGGGAAAAGUGUCGGUAAGGACAAAUAUGAUCAAGGUCGCUAUUAUAGAUCCUUAGAUCGAAGCAGUAGUCCUAGCCUGUCGCACAAACGGAAUAGAUAUCUAAGUGAUCGAGAUGAUGAGGUGCCAACGAAAACCAGGCAUCAUGAAGCAAGAGAAAUAACUUCUAGCAGUUCUAAUUUUCAUGGUUUUAGGUCACCUUCAUCCUCCAGAUCUGCCGGUGGUUCAAGUGCAAUGAAGGAUGGCCAUAAAUCGAGAGCUGGUGAUAAUUGGAAAAGGAGCACGGCUAAUAAUCAUGGUUCAAAGUCUUCGAUGCUUAAUUCAUUUAAUGAUAGGUACACCCCCACCGAAUGGCAUGACCAAUUGGAAGAUGAUUACUCCACCGGCAGCAGAUAUGUAAAUCCAGAUGAACUUUAAUUUGAUAAUUUGGAAAUGACGAGAGAAGCUAUCCUGCAGAUUGUGCAUACUUUUUUGACAUAACAAAUUUCUACCUUGUGCAUGAAGUUAUCUGGCUUCAGAAAUUUUAUCCUCACGUGUAUCCUCCAUAGUAUCCUUGAAGUUUAUCCCAUUUUCUUAUACAUUAAAUCUUGUCAGAAUAUAUUCUUCCCUUGUUUUUCUCUUUUCUAGAGAGAAUUUCAACAAACAAUGCUGCACUUGCUGCAUAACUUCAAUUGCAUCAUCACCAUGUAGAAAAUGCCAAGUUUACAUUAUCUUUUUCUGUUCUGGUGUUUACUAAUAUUUCUGGACUAACCACAAAGACAGAUUGACAAAGUUAUUGUAUUGGCAUGGAUGAAGUUGGACAAGAUAUUCAUAAAUCCCAUAUUAUAAAUGAUGCAACAUUGCAACUUUUAGGGAUCUGGAGGGUUUCUCGGAGGAGGUUAUUAUAUGUUUUUUUUCCUGUUCUCUCCUGUCACGGUUGGUCAUUCGAAGUCUUACAAGAAUUGGAGGAGGUUUGAUCGCUUGUUAGGUUGAAUGCUCUAGUUGGGCAUCGGUCUCCAAGGAGUUUUGUACUUAUCCUCUAGGUUUUAUUAUUAUUUUCAACUGGAGCCCCUUUAGUUAGCCUUGAGUCUUCUUUUGUUGAGUUGUCUUUUUGUAUUCUCUUUUGCUUGUUUCUUGUUUUCUUUCAUUUUUGCGUAAUAGAAGCUCGUUUCUCAAAAAUAAGAAAGAAAAGAAAAUGAAGCUGGUCCGAACACUCACGGAUAUAAAAAAAAGACAUUACUAAAAAAAAGACAUUACUAAAAAAAAAAUUAGUAAGACAGUAUUACUGAGUAGGCUUGAGUUAUUUCCACUUGAAAAAAUUUCUGGAUCGUUCUGAAACAGUAUAGAUGAUUAAUCUACUGACACUAGUUCAAUUAGACCUUAGUAUUUGAUUUUCUAUAGUACUCUCUAUCAAGAGAAAUCGAAGAAUUUACUAGGAGAUCUAGAUCAAAUCAAGCAUAGAGAAGUUUGGGACCUUAUGAAACUUUAUUCUUCUUCUUGGUAUCAAUGUUGCAUAUUUUUUGCCUAUUGGGAGUCUUCUUUUGUAACUCAUUGGUUUCGUGGGGAUAUUAUGUUGUCUUAAUUCUCUUGGUAAUAUAUUGGUGUGUUACUUAUUUGUACUAACUAUUGCAUUACCUUUAGUGUUCUGACCAACAGCUCGCCCGCUUGCUGGAUCGGUGGAAUAUGAAGCCAGUCUGCGAAAUGACCCACGGAGAUUCAGAUCAUCGGUUGCAUCCUGUAAUUUGGCUGAUUAGUAUUAGUUUAUUAUAACCUGAAUCAGAAAUAUUAUGUACUUUGGUUGUUAGAAGGUAAGAAUUCUGGCUCCUUGGUAUGAAUUUGGAGUUUUUUUAUUGGGCUGCCUAUGAUCAGAUUUUGAUCACACUGCGUACAUGUUUGGUAUUUUACUCGAUGAUAUAUGUCAUAACCAGUUGAGCUAUGUUCUUACA